AUGGAAGAAUCCCUCGUCCUCUCCAAAUUCGACAACCUUGUCCAAUCUGGCCUUGUUCUGUACGAUGACAAGCAACAAAUAAUUGAGCACAUUGAUGGUGACCUCAAAUUCCAAUUUGUUCUCACUUCUGCUCUCGCCAAGAAGCCCACUCUAGCCACUGCCCAACCCCAGCCCGAGGCUGAUACCCAUAGACUCGAAAAGCGAGAAGGCAGCGAUAUCAGCACCACCGGGUUCGAACUUGGCACGCUAGGGAGCCACUUUGUGAUCGUGAACAAGUUUUGCUUUGCGCGGCCCCACCUCAUGCUUCUCACGUGUGAUGGAUACAAACGACAAUACGAGGCGCUCGACGAGGCAAAUCUAGACGGCAUGUGGCGUAUCUUGGUCUCCAUGGAGAGAGAUUACGUUGCAUUUUAUAACUGCGGUCAGAAUGGGGGUUGUAGCCGGCUGCAUAAGCAUAUGCAGUUGAUGCCCUUGCCAGCAAACAGUUUCGCGGCGUUUCUGGAAUCUCCCGAGGAGUCUGAAACUAAGGUUCCAUUUGAGUGGUUUUAUCAACGCUUUGAGGGUGAUGUUGACCCCGCUGUGUUGAUCAGAACUUACAAAGAUCUGCUCGAGAAGACUACGAAAGUGGGCGGACACCAUACGGCGAAUGUACCCGGAGCAGCCUGUCCCCAUAAUAUGAUUCUUACCAAGAGAUGGAUGAUCGUGCUGCCAAGAAGACGAGGCGGGAUUAAUAAGGAGGCUGGGGUGAAUUCAUUGGGCAUGCUGGGGGUUAUCGCGGUAGCUACGACCAAGGAGAUCGACAAUUGGAUCAGGCUGGAGGCAGGCGGUCACAGGUGGCAUAUUAGCGAUAAGAGAUAUGCGGUUCGGCCAAGCCAGAUCCGAUCCGAAAGUUCCAAGGUUGGAACUUCGUCGUCUGGGGAUGGCACCGUGAAUAGAUAUUGUCAACAGCUGCUGACAAUGGCGCUCCAACAACAUGAGCCCGCGCCAUUCGCGCCUCAAUCCUCCUUAUCCUUUACCCAAGGGUUUCUUCUCGGCCAGCUCUCAGUGGUACUCCUGAUUGGCGCUUUUAUCAAGUUUUUCAUUUUCGGUGAAGCGCCUCCCCCUCCGUCCCGGGGCAUGUCAAACCGCACAACACACCGCCGCUACAGCUCGGUGUAUAACCCCCCUCAAGAUAGCCAGAAAUCUUUACGAGAAAAACCGUCCACGUCAAACGUUCUUCGUCCCGUACCUUCUACCUCCACGAACACCCGCUCAAUCCUCCGCAAAACCUACUACAGUGCCAUUCCUACCAACCCUACUAGCAAACAUGGUCGACACCGCAUGCAUCACUCGUCGCAUCAGCCCGAGUCGCUGGACUGGUUCAAUGUGCUUAUUGCACAGACAAUUGCCCAAUACAGGGAGACGGCCUAUUCCCUCAAGGACUCGCCCACUUCAUCAAUUCUCAGUUCCCUAACGGCAGCUAUGAACAACCCGGAGAAGAAACCAUCGUUCAUAGACAAGAUAAAUGUCACCGAUAUCUCACUAGGUGAAGAGUUUCCCAUUUUCAGCAACUGCCGCAUCAUCGCCGUUGACGACCCUAUGUCGGACGGUGGACGGCUACAGGCGCUACUGGAUGUCGACCUCAGCGACGACAACCUUUCUAUCGCCGUCGAGACGUCUAUGGUUCUAAACUACCCCAAACCACGCUCUGCCAUCCUGCCAGUAGCGCUAUCUGUCUCGGUCGUGAGAUUUUCCGGAACACUGUGCAUAUCCUUGAUCCCAGCAUCGACCGAACCACCAGAACCACUCCAAACGCCUGCUGGGUCACCGGCGCCUCCCACAUCAGACCCAAGGUACAACACAGUGAAUCGACCCUCUAGCCCCGGAGAGCAAAAUACCUCGCAAGACCAGCUCCCACCAAAAAGCAGCCCGAAAAGCAACGUUGCAUUCUCCUUCCUCCCGGAUUACCGCCUAGACCUCUCUGUGCGCUCUCUCAUCGGAUCUCGCAGCCGACUGCAGGAUGUACCGAAGAUAGCCCAGCUUGUCGAAGCGCGAGUCCACGCAUGGUUUGAGGAGCGCGUCGUCGAGCCUCGAGUCCAAGUCGUCGGGCUUCCAGAUCUGUGGCCGCGCAUGGGCAGAACAGGUGUCCGACCCGGCGAGGAAUCGGAUGCCGGGUCCACGGUACCACCGCGCAGUGCCGGUUCUACCGAGGCAUCAGGACCGCCUGUGUUCUCCGACGAUCAUGGUCGGGAGCAGGAGGGUCUACGUUUCCGUGGGGGACUGGAUGCACGGCCAGGGCUUCGCGCUGGCGCUCGCACGAGUAGUUUCAACGUUGAUAUGGGUGGCUUGCGCAGCUCGAGCAUGACAAGGCAAGAGAGUGCCGGUGCUACGAGCGAGCAUUUUGAUAUGCCUGGCGCGAUGCCAGCGGGGACGCCGGUGGGGACGCCUGGCAUUCCAGACAAUUGA